AUGUCGAAGAAAUACGAAGAAGGUCCUCCACCUCCAGCAUAUGGUUCGGAUGGUCCUACUCAAAACUCCGCACCCAUCCCCCCUCAAGCAGCAUAUAUGCAUCCCUCUCCCUCGCCUCAACCUCAAUAUCAACAGCAGCCAUAUCAACAGCCUUAUCAACAACCAUACCAGCAACAAGGCCAACAAUACCCUCAACAAGGAUACCCACCACAAGGAGGAUACUAUGCGCCAGGUCCACAGAUGGGAUAUCAGCAACAACCUCCAUAUGGAUACCAACAACAACCUUAUGGAUAUCAACAGGGAUAUGGUCAACAGCAGAGAGGUUCAUCUACCGAUGGCUUUUUGGGGGCUUGUCUAGGAGCUAUGGCUUGUUGUUGUUGUUUGGAUUUAUUGUUUUAG